AUGGACCAUACCACCAUCCUUACUCAUGGGGGUGUUUUUAUUUGUCUUUACAGAGGGAGGAAAGAUCUGGGGGAUAUUACCUCACAUAACAUCAAGCAGCUGAAGAAACUCAACUCGGUCGUCUUCCCCGUCUCCUACAAUGAUAAGUUCUACAAAGAUGUCUUGGAAGUUGGAGAAUUGGCCAAACUAGCAUACUACAAUGACAUCGUGGUUGGUGCUGUAUGCUGCAGGAUCGAUACGACAGACCAGGGAGCUAGACGUCUCUACAUCAUGACCCUGGGGUGUCUAGCACCGUACAGGAGACUGGGAAUCAGUACCAUGAUGCUGAAGCAUGUUCUGGAUUUCUGUGAGAAAGAUGGACGCAUUGAUAACAUAUACUUACACGUGCAGAUUAACAACGAUUCAGCAAUCGACUUCUACAAAAAGUUUGAAUUUGAGAUCAUUGAAACCAAAGAGCAUUACUACAAGCGCAUCGAGCCCGCCGACGCGCAUGUGCUGCAGAAGACCCUACGAACCAACCAAGCCAGCAUUGUCCAAGCAUCGUCAUGAGAGGGCGCUCUUGAAGUAUGACAUAGUUCGAUGAACUUUGCACCAUAAUCAUAAGGACUCAAGUUUGGAAUGGUGUGAACUUUAACUCGAUGUGUGAGUGUUUUAUGCGGAGAGCAUGGAGCUACUUUUUGGAAAAACUUGACGGUUAAAAGGAGGAAUCUUCGAUGAAUAGUAGAAGAGGUAUUUUGAUGUGGUGAAGAAGACAUAACUUUGUCCCAAGAUAUAUAUCAUUACCAGCUCUUAUAAGUCCUUAUAUAUUGAAUACAUGCAAUUGAAGAAGUUAAUGGAACCUGGGGGGUGUUUCAUAAAGCUGUUCGUAAAGUUACGCCUGACUUUACGAACAGCUUGAAUAUGAAAAGCCAAAUGGGAUGCUCAAUCAGUUUU